AUGUGCAGAACGAGAGAUGCCUCAAGAACAGGGAAAACCCCUUCUACAGAGACCCCUAAGACGGCAUCGAAUCUAUCACGGACUCGAUCUCCCGCAACCUCUUCCCCUGAUCUGCCACCAGAAGAUGCUAUCUUGGACGUUAUUGAUGUCUUCUUUCAAUUCUGUCAUAUGCAGCCCCUUUGGCUAUUCGACCGCGACGAUUUUUCAAAUCUAGAGGAGUGUUCUGAAGAAGUGAUUCUGUCAUUGCUGUCCUUAUCGCUCCACUAUUCCAACCAUGUAUUCUUCGAGGGGCGAUCGACAAUCUUGACAAGGAAGUAUGCACAACUUGCUCGUGAGCGUGUUAUGACCAGAAUCGCUCAAGGCAAUGUAGAACUCUCAACCAUACAGAGCCUCUGUAUGCUUGCGUUGGCUAGUUUCCAAUCCACAGAUAUACAUUUCACCUCUCUUUAUCUCGGGCUCGCUACCACCUUCGCGCAAAGUACGUCUCUUGGUAUCGAGCUUCAUAGUGGUGAGAGAUCUAUCUAUGCUGAACGCAGGAGGAGGCUGUUUUGGAGUAUCCAUUUCCUGAUACAAAUCUAUGGGCAUCAAAGUCCUGUGCUCAAUUUUCUAGGAGAUAUCAACCAACCGAAAUAUGUUGGUUCACGAAUGGACCCGCAAAAGGAACUUCUUGACUUAUUCCCUCCGUCAACACCACAGGAAAUCCUUCAAAUCAAUGAAAGCCCCAAUGCAGGAAUCUGGGCAUAUAUGGUCCAGCUGUCCACCCUCUGGCGAGAAGUUCGGACUUAUAUGAUGCAAUGUGCUCACUCACAGAGUGAACCUCCUUGGUCUGUCAACUCAGGUUAUGCUGUGAUUGGUGCACAUUUGAUGGACCUUGAGACAAAACUACCCACGUUCCACAGAUACGAUUCCGCCCGUUUUGCAGAUCGGUCAUAUAAAGACCUUGAGAAUCGAACUUAUUGGACACCUUGGCUGUUUCUUCAAUUUACUUACCACGCCAUUCACAGCAUGCUCAACCACCCUUUUCUCUACUCCUAUAGGCCACAGCAUUCAGCGCUUCUUGUUCCCAACACGUUUUGGAAAACCUCUUCGGAACAAGCACUCAUACAUACGACGUGGAUCAUACGAUUUGUCGAUCUUCUCUCAAAGAAGAACUAUCGAGUAUCUGAUCCUUUUAUGGGCCACUGUGUUGCACUUGCAGGGACUAUUAAUCUGUACUUCUGUAGUGCACCGACUCGUCGAGCAAGGGAUGCUGCACAAGUUAAGCUAGCAACAUGCUUGCGAUUUUUAGCCGAAAUGGCUCAGCUAUGGCCUGUAUGCGAAAUGAUGCACGAAAAGCUUCAGGCACUAAUACAAUCUUCCGUGACCUCAGGCCGCUCGGUCAGCGAUGAUCGCGAACCUCAAAGACGAACAGUCUCCAUCAACACGAGCCUAAUGUGGGAGAUCCUAGACUACACCAUUGCAACAUCCAGUCACAAGGCUGCGUAUCAAUCCCCUUCUGCCCAUGCUGCACACGCUCCCAAACUUUUCCACGAAUCCCUUUUCCCGGCCGUACGCACGACACCCGAUCAAAGCCAAACCGUAGUUGAAACGCAAAUCUUCCACGUCCCAGCCGCAGAACCCGACACUUCUGACGGCGGACAAGCGAUGCCGCCAUAUGCAGGCCAUGCAAUCAACAGCAAUAACAAUAAUACUGCCACCACACCACUCUACAACCAACACACCACAACCACACCACAACCACAAGACCAACCACAAGACCAACCCACCGGAGAAGAAGACAACACGACCCCAACCAACACGCCCGGCUCAUCCGCAACAGCUACCACGGCGGCGGCUGAACGAUCUCAAAUGCAAUACCCAACCCUUGCGGAGCUGGCGAAUUCGCCGUGGACGUUCUCGGGCAACCUGUCGGUCCUGGACGGCGGAGGCAGCAAUACCUCGCGAGACCCCUUCCUCCAGUUCCAGGACAUUGGCAGCCCGUUCCUGGGACUCUGGGAGGUCGGGAGUUUGUGA